AUGCAUUUCGCUCGCAAUCCUUUGAAAUACUGGCUCUUUCUAAGAAGCUUUGAAAGUGGUAUAGCUAGCAAGUUGGGAGACGAUGAAGGUCGACUUUCCUACCUGAUCCACUACUGUAGAGAUGAGGCUAGAGAAGCCAUUAAAAGCUGUGCAAUCCUUGACCCUAGCGAGGGGUAUUCGGAGGCUCUUAAAAUCCUCAAACGCCGGUUCGGGCAACCUCACUUAAUCGCUAGGGCUCACAUAGAUAAUUUGAUCGAUGGUCCAGUUUUAAGAUCUAUGGAUCCAACUGUCUUGAUGAAACUUGCCAGCGAUAUGCGAAACUGUAAAAAUACUUUGCAGCAGUUGGAGUACGUAGCGGACCUAAACUCAUCUAAGACGCUGGCCGCCUUCAUCAGACGACUCCCUCCACAGUUACAAUUCAAUUGGUCAGAGCUCGCUUCAUCACCUCUGCGUCGUGAUAGAGAACCAUUGUUCUCUGAUCUAACUGAUUUUGUAGACGAGAGGGCCGACGUAUCAAUGGUUCACCAGUCAUACUCUUCUAGUUCCGUGUCCCCUUAG